AUGGACGCGGUACUGUUAGAGCACUUCCCCGGGGGCCUGGACGCCUUCCCGUCCCCUUACUUCGACGAGGAGGACUUCUUCACCGACCAGUCCUCCCGGGACCCGCUGGAGGACCCAGAUGAGCUGCUGGUGGACGAGCAGGCCGAGGUGGAGUUCCUCAGCCACCAGCUGCACGAGUACUGCUACCGGGACGGGGCGUGCCUGCUGCUGCAGCCCGCGCCCUCGGCGGCCCCGCACGCGCUCACCCAGCCGCCCCCGGGGGGCCCCGGGGAGCCCGAGGACGCCGGCCGCGCCGGGUACUGCUGCGAAGCGGGGGCGCCCCCCGGCGGCUUCCCCUACUCGCCGGGCUCGCCGCCCGCCCGCCUCGCCUACCCGUGCGCCGCCGCCGCCGUGCUGGCCCCCGGGGCCCGGCUGCGCGGCCUGAGCGGGGCGGCGGCGGCGGCGGCGGCGGCGGCGGCGCGGCGGCGGCGGCGGGUGCGCUCCGAGGCGGAGCUGCAGCAGCUGCGGCAGGCGGCCAACGUGCGCGAGCGGCGGCGCAUGCAGUCCAUCAACGACGCCUUCGAGGGGCUGCGCUCGCACAUCCCCACGCUGCCCUAUGAGAAGCGCCUCUCCAAGGUGGACACGCUGCGCCUGGCCAUCGGCUACAUCAACUUUCUCAGCGAGCUGGUGCAGGCGGACCUGCCGCUGCGCGGCGGCGGCGCGGGCGGCGGCGGGGGAGCGGGCGGUGGCGGCCGCCUGGGCGGGGACAGCCCGGGCAGCCAGGCCCAGAAGGUCAUCAUCUGCCAUCGGGGCACCCGGUCCCCUUCCCCCAGCGACCCGGAUUACGGCCUCCCUCCGCUAGCUGGUCACUCACUCUCUUGGACUGAUGAAAAACAACUCAAAGAACAAAAUAUUAUUAGAACAGCCAAAGUGUGGACUCCAGAGGACCCCAGAAAACUCAACAGCAAAUCUUCCUUCAGCAACAUAGAGAAUGAACCGCCUUUUGAGUUCUUGCCUUGA